GCCGGCUGGGCGGAGAGAGACAGGGGUCCCACAACCGAGAGAGGCCAGCAGAGGUAAGAGAGCAGUGGAGGACAGUAGAGCGGUGUAGGGCAGUAGAACAGCAGAGGACACCAGAGCAGCUAGGGCAAUAGAUUCACAGAGGACAGUAGAGCAACGGAGGGCAAUAGAACAGCGGAGGGCAAUAGAACAGCAUAGGGCAGGAGAACAGCGGAGGGCAACAGAACAGCGGAGGGCAGGAGAACAGCAGAGGGCAAUAGAACGGCGGAGAUGGAAGCCGGGGUGGAAACACAGAAAGGCAGAGACGCACACCUACACCUGGAUGUGUCCGUGGAGGAGAGCGCCCCCUGGAGAGGAGUCCUGGCUCUGCUGGAGAAACUGCGGCCGCAGUGGAAGCCAGCCGACAUCAAACUGAAGUUCUUCACAGAUGGGAUAACCAACCUGCUGAUGGGGUGCUCUGUGGACGGGGGGCCGGGGGGCCCGGGGGGCCCGGGGGACACGGUGCUGGUGCGGGUGUACGGGCGGCAGACCGAGCUGUACGUGGACCGGGACAGGGAGCGCCAGACCCUGCAGACGCUGCACGCCCACGGCUGCGGCCCCCAGCUCUACUGCAGCUUCCGGAACGGCAUCUGCUACCAGUUUGUGCGGGGAGCGGCGCUGGACGACAAUCUCCUGAGACAGCCGGCCAUAUACAGGCUAAUCGCGAAUGAAAUGGCCAGGCUGCACUCGAUCCCGCCCAGAAACGGAUCCCCAGCGCAGCCCGUCCUCUGGGAGAAGGUCUCAGAGUACCUCCACCUGGUCCAAACCGCUGAGGGGGAGACGCCGACUCCACAGGGUGCUCCGCCCGGAGUCCCUGGCCUCCAUCUUCUCCGGAACGAGGUGGAGACGCUGAAGAAGCACCUCGCCCCCAUCGCCUCCCCAACGGUCCUGUGUCAUAAUGACCUGCUCACCAAAAACAUCAUCUACAACCAGGCUGAAGGUUCAGUGCGGUUCAUCGAUUACGAGUAUGCCGACUACAACUACCAGGCGUACGACAUCGGCAACCACUUCAACGAGUUCGCAGGUGUGGAGAACAUGGACUACAGCCUGUACCCCGGUGUGGAGCUGCAGAGGGACUGGCUGACUGCGUACCUGCAGAGCUACAAGCAGAUGCAGGGGCUGGCAGCGGCAGUCUCUAAUGAGGAGGUGCAGCAGCUGUACGUGAAGGUCUGCAAGUUUUCACUGGUUUCACACCUUCAAUGGGGGCUCUGGGCGCUCCUCCAAGCCAGAUACUCCACAAUUGACUUUGAUUUCCUGAGGUACGCCCGGGCAAGAUUCAACUAUUAUUUUAAGAAGAAAGACGAGUACUUUGCUAUGAAACUUCUUGAUUAAUCAAAAAAGGAAUGACACCAUGCCCUGUGUUACCUUGUCAUACCACUAUUCAGGUGCUCAAUAAAGACAUUACAUACA